CUUGCUGGCUGCCUCCAGAAGAGUCGGCUUCUCAGCGACUCCUGGGGAGUGGAUGCAGCAGAGGAUAGCCAGGCAGCAUGAUCCUCCUCGCAAUCCUUUUCCUCUGCUUCUUCUCCUCCUACUCUGCCUCUGUUAAAGGUCACACAACUGGUCUCUCAUUAAAUAAUGAGCGGCUAUACAAACUCACCUACUCCACGGAAGUGUUUCUUGAUGGGGGUAAAGGAAAAGUGCAAGACAGCGUGGGCUACCGGAUCGCAUCUGAUGUGGAUGUUGUGUUACUGUGGAGGAAUCCUGAUGGCGACGAUGACCAACUGAUCCAAGUCACGAUAACGGCCGUCAAUGUUGAAAAUGUGAACCAACAGAGAGGAGAGAAGAACAUCUUCAAGGGCAAAACUACCCCUAAGAUCAUAGGAAAGGACAACCUGGAAGCUCUGCAGAGACCCAUGCUUCUUCAUCUAGUCCGGGGGAAGGUCAAAGAGUUCUACUCAUAUGAAAAUGAGCCUGUGGGCAUAGAAAAUCUCAAGAGAGGCUUGGCUAGCUUGUUCCAGAUGCAGUUAAGCUCUGGAACCACCAAUGAGGUAGAUAUCUCUGGGGAUUGCAAAGUGACCUACCAGGCUCAGCAUGACAAAGUGGUCAAGAUUAAGGCCCUGGAUACAUGCAAAAUUGAGAGGGCUGGAUUUACAACAGUAAAUCAGGUAUUGGGUGUCAGUUCAAAAGCCAAAUCUGUCACCACCUAUAAGAUAGAGGACAGCUUUGUCACAGCUGUGCAUGCAGAAGAGACAAGGGAUUUUGCCUUGAAUUUCCUACAAACCAUUGCAGGAAAAAUAGUAUCAAAGCAGAAACUGGAGCUGAAGACGACUGAGGCAGGUCCAAGGAUGGUACCUGGGAAGCAAGUUGCAGGUGUGAUUAAAGCACUUGAUUCAAAAUACACAGCCAUCCCCAUAGUGGGGCAGGUCCUCCAGCGUGCCUGCCAAGGAUGCCCUUCUCUGGCGGAGCACUGGCAGUCUAUCAGAAAACACCUAGAGCCUGAGAACCUGUCCAAUGCCAAGGCCGUCAGCAGCUUCCUGGCCUUCAUUCAGCACCUCAGGACUGCAAGGAGAGAAGAGAUCCUCCAGAUCCUGAAGGCAGAGAAGAAGGAAGUGCUACCUCAGCUUGUAGAUGCUGUCACCUCUGCUCAGACUCCAGACUCGUUGGAAGCCAUCCUGGACUUUUUGGAUUUCAAAAGUGACAGCAGCAUUGUUCUCCAGGAGAGGUUCCUCUAUGCCUGUGGAUUUGCCUCCCACCCCGAUGAAGAACUCCUUCGAGCCCUCCUUAGUAAGUUCAAAGGUUCCUUUGCAAGCAACGACAUCAGGGAAACGGUUAUGAUCAUCAUUGGAGCCCUUGUCAGGAAGCUGUGUCAGAAUGAAGGUUGCAAGCUCAAAGCUGUGGUUGAGGCUAAGAAGCUAAUCCUGAAUGGACUUGAAAAGCCAGAGAAAAAGGAGGACACCAUGAUGUACCUGUUGGCUCUGAAGAAUGCCUUGCUUCCCGAAGGUAUCCCGCUCCUUUUGAAGUACGCUGAGGCUGGAGAAGGGCCCAUCAGCCACCUGGCUAUCACUGUGCUCCAGAGAUAUGAUGUCUCCUUCAUCACCGAUGAGGUGAAGAAGACCUUGAACAGGAUAUACCACCAGAAUCGGAGGGUUCACGAAAAGACUGUGCGCACGACUGCCGCUGCCGUCAUCUUAAAGAGCAACCCAUCCUACAUGGAUGUGAAGAACAUUCUGCUCUCUAUUGGGGAGCUGCCCAAAGAAAUGAAUAAAUACAUGCUGACCUUCGUGCGAGACAUCCUGAACUUUGAAAUGCCCUCAAGCAAAAUGAUCCGCCAGGUCCUCAAGGAGAUGGUUGCUCACAAUUACGACCGUUUCUCCAAGAGCGGGUCCUCUUCUGCCUACACUGGCUACAUAGAACGUAGUCCCCACGCGGCAUCCACAUACAGCCUUGACAUGCUUUACUCUGGCUCCGGCAUUCUGAGGAGGAGCAACCUGAACAUCUUCCAGUACCUGGGGAAGGCAGAUCUUCAUGGUAGUCAGGUGGUCAUUGAAGCCCAAGGGCUGGAAAGCUUGAUUGCAGCCACUCCUGAUGAAGGAGAGGAAAACCUUGAUUCCUAUGCUGGCAUGUCAGCCAUCCUGUUUGACGUUCAGCUCAGACCCGUCACUUUUUUCAAUGGAUACAGUGAUCUGAUGUCCAAAAUGUUGUCAGCAUCUAGUGACCCUGUCAGCGUGGUGAAAGGGCUUAUUCUGCUAAUAGACCAUUCCCAGGAUAUUCAGCUGCAAUCUGGACUAAAGGCUAAUAUGGAGAUCCAGGGAGGUCUGGCUAUCGAUAUUUCAGGUUCAAUGGAAUUCAGUCUGUGGUAUCGUGAAUCCAAAACCCGAGUGAAAAAUCGGGUGGCCGUGGUAAUCAACAGCGACGUCACAGUGGACUCAUCUUUUGUGAAGGCUGGCCUGGAAAGCAGGGCGGAGACAGAGGCAGGCCUGGAGUUCAUCUCAACAGUGCAGUUCUCACAGUAUCCAUUCCUAGUCUGCAUGCAGAUGGACAGGGCAGAAGCGCCAUUCAGGCAAUUUGAGACAAAAUAUGAAAGGCUGUCCACGGGCAGAGGCUAUGUCUCUCGGAGAAGAAAAGAAAGCCUAUUGUCUGGAUGUGAACUCCCACUCCAUCAAGAGAACUCUGAGAUGUGCAAUGUGGUAUUCCCGCCUCAGCCAGAGAGUGACAACUCGGGUGGAUGGUUUUGAAACUGAUGAGUGGUAUUUCCCUUGGAUCCAUUCCUUUG